AUGACCAACACCGUCCUCCGCCUAGGCAUCCUAGGCGCGACGAGCGCCAUCCAAGCCUACCUCCCAGUCCUACGUUCUCUCAGAACCCACUACACCCUCACAAUAAUAUACGAUCCCAGCGAAGAGGUCGUCAAACAAUGCCAAACACGCUUCGGCAUAACCCACAGUACAACCGUCAUCGAAGAUGUCCUACUCCAUAAAGACGUGGACGUAGUCCUAAACCUCCUCCCAGUGGAAUAUCACGAACAACACACCGUAACAGCUCUAGAAUCCGGCAAAGACGUAAUGGUCGAAGCCCCACUCGCAAUGAGCAUCCCAAGUCUGCGCCGCAUCCGCGACGCAACCAAAAAAGGCCAAGCUGCUCGAUCCAGUAGCAGCAUUAACAACAACACCAACAGCAACAACCCAGACGCACCGAAAGUCUUCGUCGGAUGUGCGCGUCGAUACGCGCCUUGCUUCACGGAAGUCUUCAAGAAAGAGCUGGCCAAUCUAGGCCGCAUACAAUACGCGCGCUGCCGCAACAUCGCCGGUCGAAUGAAUAUCGCAACACCAGCUUCAACACCAAGCGGCAUCAACGGGGCCAGCGCCGCGACAACCGUGAAACAGCUCAACAGCCCGGAGAAAUUCACCAAGAUACUAGAAGACGUGUUCGGCGAAGACCUCACACCCGACCGAAUCGCGUUCUGUCGCUACCUUGGUAUGCUGGGCUGCCACGAUCUCUCCCUGAUGCGCGAGUCACUGGGUUUCCCAGAUGCAGUCUCCAACGUCGCUAUCACAGACCCGUUCUAUUCUGCCAUCUUCCAUUACACAAAUUCCUCCGAUGGUCAUCCAUUCACGCUCGUCUAUGAAGCAGGCAUUGACGCUGUUCCGCGCUGUGAUGCCCAUUUGACGGUUUAUGGUGCUGACAAGACCAUCACUGUUGAGUAUGAUUUCCCUCGACCCGGUGAAAAGAUUAGUAGUGGGACUUUUGUACGUGUUGUUGUUGAAGAGGCUGGCUCUCUGCAAGAGGUGGGAGUGGGUAAUGGUCAGGGAAAUGGCAGUAUCAACGGCAAAGAAAACCGCCAACAGACUGAGGAUGAGCUUCUUCGUCCACGCAUCAAGCGCACUGAGACGGUCUGUUCCUGCGAAGAGGCAUACGAGCGUCAAUUCAUGGCAUUGCACUCUUAUUUGCUUGGUGGGGACUCGGCUGCGAAGACUACUACUGAGGAUGCUUUUAUGGAUUUGCGGUUGCUGCUUAUGAUAUUUGAGCAUUAUAAUCGGCAGUGUGGUACUAUUCGUACUCCGCUUGGUUGA